GAAAAAAAUAAAUACGCGACUUGCGAUUUCAUAUUUUUAUUGAUAGUGAAUAGAAUAAUAAAAUAUUUUUGCAAAUAUGCUAUUUCCAUUUACCAUAAAGUAAAAGUAUAAUACCGAGUGUAUUAGAAUAUUGGUCGAAUUGUCUAAUCAUCUAUCUUCAGUCUAAACCAUCACAAUGGGCUCGGAGCAGUCCUCGGUGCCCCCAAAGAAGCAAACCCAAAGAGCCCCACCUGUGAGGAGGGGGCAUACUAUAGCUGUACCCAGUAUAUCUGAUCCUUCAAGAACCAAUGAGUUACCUGCCAGUGGGAACAACUCUCCGGGCACCAGUAUAUGCUCAGACUCCGAGCUUCCAUACAUAUCAUAUACUGUGGAUCGACCUAUUGGAGAUUCACCCAAAGCCUCAGCGAAGACCCAGCGCGGUGCUGACAACAAGAAGUCGAUGCUACAGCGUCGCCAGCUGAGCCUACAAGCGCGGAAGAACAAGCGCGCGAGAGAUAUUGUAGUAGUCAAACAAGCCACUGAUGUCCAACUUGAUGAAGACAUUCAGAGACUUCAGGUAUACUAA